AAAUCGCUUGUAGGUAUAUAUGGUGGAAGAGCUUAAAAUCAUGUUCUUACUCCGUUUGUGUGCUUCUAUGCAAGUUGUGUAUUAAAUCGAGCAGAGUGCUUCUAUGUGCUUCUAGAAAUUGAGGGGGGAAUUGAAAGAAAAAAAUGAAACAAACUUGGAAUCAUUGAACACUCUGCUCCCUUUCCUAAUUCUCAAAACUCGAUCUCUUCACUCCUUUCAAUACCUAACAUUCCAAUAUUAGCGACCAUCCCCUCUCUUUGUUUUUGUUUUUUUUUUUUUUCAUAUUUCCUUGUCGUCGCACAUAUUAUUUCCGGUAUCUACACUUAAGAUAGUAUAAUAAUAACAUCUUAUUUCCCAAAAUUAAGCAAUGAACAUGUAAGUUUUAUUCUCCUACUCCGCACAGUGAGUAUUGGUAGCUAACAAAUUCUUAAUUUCGUUCUAGCUAGGGAUCGUGAGUUUCCAUUUAUGAAAAUUUGAUUUUUGAUUCUUUUUCUACUUCAAAACUUUGUGAUUUGCAUGAGAAAACUACGAAAAUAUACUCCGGUGAUUUACUAUUCAUUGUACUUCACGAGCAUGUAAAUUAGUUUGUGUUUUUUACUAGUGACCUUAAAAUAUAAGACAAAGAUAGUUAUUGGAAGUCUAUAAUGUUAUAUUUCAAAGAGUGCAUAUUCUCGUUACAAGAUGUUAGAAACCGAAUUAUAUCGGGUUUCUAUAUUUAUUAUUAUAAUCAUUAUUAGGGUAAUUCCUAUUAUGGUUAGUAGUUUUCUAGUAGGAUUAGGUUUAUUGUUAGGGUUUUCUAGUAUUUCCCUAUAUAUAUGUACUUUGGGUCAUUCGUCAGAUCAAGCAGAAAUCAGUAAAACAAUUAUCUCCCAAAACCCUAUUUUGUUCUCUCUCAACCUUGUCUGUCUUUCUUCCUCAAAGGCCUCGGCCGUUCUUCCCCAAAUCCCCAAUUCUUCUCCUAAUUCCUAAAUUCUCUUCUCAAAUCGCUGAAUCCCCAAUUCUGUUCUAUAAACCCUAAAUCCCCAAUCUCUAGAUCUGAUCUAGAAACCCGUUAGAAACUUUGUUUCUAACACAAGAUAUCUAACAAUAUUAACCCUAUGUAUACAAUAUUAAUUUCUCACUUACGAUUCGCUUUUACGCUUUAUGCUUCAUCUUUUCGCUUUUACGUAGAAUCGUUUCUUUGACUAAAUUGCUCAUAAUUCAUAACUAGCCAGGAUCUGCUUCUAACUAUGAGUUCUGAAAUAGUAUCCAACUUAAUACAAACUAUGCAUGUUUACACAAACUGUUGAUAUGCAUGUAUCCAAAAAAUUUAUUAUUUUUGGUACCUAAAUUUUUUGUUAUGGUAUUUUAGUACCUAAAUUUUUCAAAAUUAACAUAUUGGUUCAAUGUUCAAAUGUCACUUCGGUCCAUGAAUCCACCAAUUCAUCAAUCCAAUUUCCACAUUUCGUUAUCCCUAACCUAUCAAUGGUUUUACUUAUUUGGAUCCUUUCUCAUAUUUAAAUUCAGUUAUUUAGUUAUGUUGUAUUAGGUAUUUUGAAUUUAAAAUAGAUUACUUAAAUAAAAGUCAGUUUUUAUCUUUCUUUGACUAAAUGUCAAUUUGAUCAAUUAGUCACUCUCAAUUUUUUUUUUUUUUUUGUUGCUUUCUUUGUUUUGUUCCAAGGGCCAUCUUAUUAUAUAUUGUUAUUAUCUCAUAUGCCUAAUAUAUAUUGUAGAAAUGGGUUGCAUAAGGAUAUGCGGGAAAGUGAUUCUAGCCCCGAUUGUCAUCCCCUACAAGUUAUGUUUUCGACGGAAAAGGCCUACUACUGCACACUCAAAACCCAAUGCUCCUCCUCCUUUUCUUUCUGCUUCUACAGACUCAACCCUCAAUGAUAACACUUCACAACAACACCAAGAAGCUCCUUCUUUCGAUUCCCAACAACCAUCUUCCCUUGAUUCUCAACAACCAUCACCAACACCGCCCCUUCCAUCCGCGGACUACGAAGUGUUUCUAAGUUUCAGAGGUCCAGACACUCGUCAUCAGUUCAGCGAAAUCCUAGGUCUUUUCCUCACGAAAAACAAGAUCCGCACGUUCCUGGACGACAACGAACUUCGACAGGGGGAUAGAAUCGCGCCCAGCCUCGCUAAAGCUAUCGAACAGUCGAAAAUCUACAUCCCGAUAUUAUCACUGAAGUAUGCCGAGAGCAAAUGGUGCCUCAACGAACUUGCUGAAAUGGUCGAGCGCGAAAAGCGAAACGACGGGCACAUCAUACUCCCCAUUUUCUACCUGGUGGAGCCUAGAGAUGUCGGGCACCAAACCGGGCCUUACGAAGUCGCAUUCCAACAACACGCCAGGAAAUACGAUGCCAAAACCAUACAAAGCUGGAAAAACGCUUUGCAAAAGGUUGGAAAGAUAAAAGGAUGGACUGUCAAGAGCAAAGAUGAGCACGCAACUAUAAUAGAUCGUGUUUCCAGCGUUGUUUGGUCGCAUAUAAACAGAAGUGAAGAUCUUCUUGGUGUAGAUGAGUUGGUUGGAAUGGAUGACCAUGUGGAAGCAGUAGUGGAGAAACUGAGCUUAGACUCUCCAGGUACAAUAAUGCUUGGCCUGCAUGGUUUUGGUGGAAUAGGCAAGACCACCAUCGCAAGAGCAGUCUAUCGUAAACUUGCAACUCGAUUCGAACGACGAUGCUUUCUGGAAGACAUUCGAACAACUUGUUGAGAAACCGGGCAGCAACCACAAGCAAGAAUAGAAUGCACAAGACACACGAUUUUUACGUGGAAAACCCAAAUCGGGAAAAACCACGGGACCUUUGUCCAAGCCACAACUCCACUAGACUUUGGUGGGAUUACAAGUCCUCUCUAGACUAGCUAGAGGAUUACAAACACCUCAAGAACACCCUUCUUGGAUCAACAAUCAACCAUAAUAGCUCUCACCAACAUGGUGGAUAACAAGAACAAGAACAAGGCAAAGAGAGGUUUAGAGAUACCAAAAGACAGAUUCGUACACCUUCUGUCCAGGAGCGAUUCCGACGAACUAGACCUCAGAAUGACGAUCCCUCCGGUCAGAAUGAAGCCCAGAGAAUCGC